GGCUAUGUGGAUGGAGGCAGUGGGGAUGUGAGCGGGGCUGUGCAGCUGGAGGCGGUGGUGGCCCCAGAUACAAUCAACAACCAUGUGAAGACCUGUCGGGAGGAGCAGAAGAACCUGCAUUUCUUUGCGCCUGAAUAUGGAGAGGUGACCAAUGUCACUACCGCUGUGGACAUCUACUCCUUUGGGAUGUGCGCGCUGGAGAUGGCGGUACUGGAAAUCCAGGGGAAUGGAGAGUCAUCGUAUGUCCCCCAGGAGGCUAUAAACAAUGCCAUCCAGUUUCUGGAGGACCCACUGCAGAGGGAAUUUAUCCAGAAGUGUCUGGAGAUGGACCCUAGUAGACGCCCCACAGCCCGGGAACUGCUCUUCCAUCAGGCCUUGUUUGAGGUGCCGUCUCUGAAGUUGUUGGCGGCUCACUGCAUUGUGGCUCAUCAGCAUAUGAUCCCUGAAAACGCCUUAGAAGAAAUGACCAAGAACAGGGACAUGAGCGCCAUCCUAGCCGAGAUCAUUCACAUCGACCGGGUUGGGGUACAGAUGAUGUUCUCACAGAGCCCCGCUCUGGAGCUGGACAAGUUUCUAGAAGACGUCAGAAAUGGCAUUUACCCCCUGACCGCGUUUGGAAUUCCCCGGCCUCAGCAGCCACAACAAGAAGUGGUAAAAUCCCCCGUCGUCCCUCCUUCUGUGAAGACCCCAACUCCCGAACCAGCUGAGUUGGAGACACGGAAGGUGGUUCAGAUGCAGUGCAACAUCGAGUCUGUUGAUGAAGGAACGAAGCACCACGUGACUUUAUUACUUAAGCUAGAAGACAAGCUGAACCGACACUUGAGCUGUGACGUGUUACCCAAUGAGAACAUCCCGGACCUGGCAGUGGAGCUGGUACAGCUGGGCUUUGUCAGCGAGGCUGACCAGAGCAGACUAACCUGUUUACUUGAAGAAGCUUUCAAUAAAUUCUACUUUGCUCGGAAUGGAAACCUCAUGGCUGUUACAGUGUCGUCAUAGCAAUUACUAGUAUCCGCAGGCUGGACGGGUACCCGAACC